AUGGACGGGGCGCUCUCUACGGCGGUGGAAAUCAAUCAGGCAGCCAGCACGGGGGGCGUCCUGCUGCCCGAUGCCGUCCUCGACAAGCUGUACCAGAGCUACGCGCUGAAGCAAAAGCGCGUCGCCUUCGUGUGCUAUCUGAUCGCCUCGAUUCUGUUCGACAUCUGGGCCAUCGCCGUACCGCAGGGUCAAAGCGUAGAGAGCAUAGCCGUUACCAGCGUGUUCCUGACCAUCAACGUAGCUCUGGCGAUCGUGCUGCGCUUCUGCGGGCGAGGCCGGUUCCGCGGUAUCAUCUGGGAAAUUGCCCCGCAUUUGGCGUGGCUACUCGCCAUUAAGCAGCUCUUUCUGCAGCUUUUUCUCAAGGGCUCGGUAACACCACGUGAUUCGCUCGGCUGGGCAAUAUUGCUUAAUUUUCUAGUCUACGUGACCCUGCCCGUGUUGCUGAAGUUCACCGGUAUCCUGCUCGGGCUCGGCUCUUUUGCAACCUACGUCAACGCAAUUAUCGGGCUGGCGAAGAAGGAAAACUAUUUUUGGGAACAGCAAGUAGCCAACGUGAUGCUGCUCGUGGUGGCCACAUUGAUCGGUUUGCUGUGCUACUUCCUGGCCGAGGCCAAACAACGACGAGCUUUUCUCGAAGCAAAGCAAGGCCUAGAGGUGAAGAUGCUGAUCGAGGAGCAGUCGGCGGAGCAGGAGCGAUUGCUACUGUCGGUGCUGCCCGAGCACGUUGCGGUUAAGAUGCGACAGGAUCUCGGGUCCACCAACUCGGAGCAGUUCAAGAAGAUCUACAUGAGCCGCCAUGAGAACGUCAGUAUCCUGUAUGCAGAUAUCGUCGGUUUCACCGCCAUCUCGUCCACGUACUCGGCCCAGGACCUGGUGAAGAUUCUGAACGAGCUGUUUGCCCGUUUCGACCGGUUGGCAGAGAAAUAUCAACAGCUGAGGAUAAAAAUUCUUGGCGACUGCUACUACUGCAUCAGUGGGGCGCCCGUCGAGCGGCCGGACCAUGCCGUCCUCUGCGUCCACAUGGGCCUCUCGAUGGUGAAAGCUAUUAAAUACGUCCAGCAAAAAACGAACUCACCCGUUGAUAUGCGCGUCGGAAUACACACCGGAGCGGUGCUGGCCGGGAUCCUGGGCCAGCGGCAAUGGCAGUUUGAUGUCUACUCGAAGGAUGUCGAGCUGGCGAACAAGAUGGAGUCCAGCGGCAAAGCGGGGCGCGUGCACCUUUCGGAGAAAACGCUCAGCUUCCUGAACGGCGAGUUCGAGGUCGAGCCGGCCUACGGCGAAAAGCGCGAAGAGGCGCUCCGAAUAGCGGGCCUGAAGACGUAUUUCAUCUCGAAAGUGCUGAAACCGUUCUGUCCGUCGGAGCACAAAAAUGGCUCGGCCGACCCGAAGGAUGUUGUCAUCGAGCCGGACGGGCCUUCGGAAGCGUUCCGAGACGAGGACGACGACGCUAAGGCGGCCAGCGGCACAGGAGACGAACCGUCCACGCCCGGCACGGAGCGGCCCGACCUGGAGGACGAGCAGGUGGUCGAGGAGUACAAGAUGCGCCUCCGCAAAGAGCUCGUCAGCCGCGACGGGCACAGCGAAAUCAGCAAGGAUACCAAUUUCUUCCUCACGUUCAACGACAAGAACCACGAGACGGCCUACACCGAGUACCGGGAACCGCACAGUGCCGUACCGUUGCUGGCCGCGCUGCUGGUCCAGUUCGUAGCCAUCGUCUACGCUCUUCUCGUUCUUCCACGAACUGCGGUACACUUUGAAAUUGUGGUUCCACCGCUAGUGAUCAUCUUCAUCAUGGUAUUCAUCUCCGUUGCGGAAAGUCUCACCGAUGUUUUGCCGGCAUUCAUCACGCUCAACAGCAAGCGAUACAACGACAGCACCAGCUUACGAAAGUCCACGGCUGUCAUCAUCGUCCUGCUGCUGGGCGUUUCGAACGUGAGUGACAUGCUGGCCGCCUCACACCGGACACCGCAAGCCCUCAACAUCACCAACAUUUCGUUCGCGUCGACGGAGAUGGAACCGUCGGGCGUGUGUCUGUUUCCAUCGUACUUCAGCAACUAUACCGUUUUAAUUCUAAUUGCCACCUCAAUCAUAACGCAAUUAUCGCAUCUCAGCAAAAUUUUAUUAAUGAUCAUCAUAACCGCAAUUCACUGCUACGUGAACAUCUUCCACCUAGACGAGGCAUUCCGGAACGAGGACUUCGGCAUCCUGAACGUGUUCCCCUUGCGCUACACCCUUUCCGCGUUGCUGGUGGCCGUUACGAUAGCGCUAUCGUUCCUCACACGACACAUCGAUAAAGUAGAUCGUGUUAUAUUCAUGUGGAAGACUGAGGUGAUCGAUCAGAAGGAGAAGGCCAGCGACAUGAGACGGCGGAACGAGGCCCUGGUGUACAAUGUGUUACCGAUGCACGUUGCCGAACAUUUUAUGGGAAACCGAAAGCGAUCUCACGACGAGCUCUACUCCCAGAGCUACUCCGAAGUCGGGGUACUCUUUGCCAGCAUGCCCAACUUUUCCGACUUUUACUCCGAGGAGACGGUCAACAAUCAGGGGCUGGAAUGUCUGCGCUUUCUGAACGAAGUUAUUUCCGACUUUGAUGCGUUGUUGGAACUUCCGCAGUUUCAAGAUAUAAUUAAAAUCAAGACAAUCGGCUCUACCUACAUGGCUGCCAGCGGUCUCAAUCCAUCACGCAUCGUCAAACCGGAAGAUCCGGUUUCGGUUCGGUGGGCACAUCUGGCCCUGCUGGUAGAGUUUGCGCUCGAGCUGAAGAAAGCGCUGCAGGGUAUCAACGAGCAGUCGUUCAAUCAUUUCGUCCUGAAGAUGGGCGUCAACCAUGGACCGAUUACGGCGGGUGUCAUUGGCGCCCGCAAGCCCCACUACGACAUCUGGGGCAACACCGUGAACGUGGCGUCGCGCAUGGAGAGCACCGGCAAAGCGGGGGCCAUCCAGGUGACGGAGGAAACGUGUCAAAUCUUGCAAACCUUCGGUUACACCUUCGAGCAGCGUGGUUUGGUGGCGGUCAAGGGAAAGGGUCAACUGAUGACCUACUAUCUGCAGGGUAAGAUCCCGCGACCGGCCGUUUCGACUGCUUCGCCAAUCCUGCAGAAUCUCACCGCCAUGGAGACGGUCCAGGAAGUGGACGAAUCCAAGGAGAGCCCAUCGGCCCUAGCCCCACCGUCAGAUAUUAUCUCCCCUGCCCACCAGCUCCACUCGGUGUCCUCUAGCACCACCAGUCCCAACAGCGUGCGUCUCAAUCAAGAGUACGUAGAGCUGAAGGUUAGCAGCUCGACGGCGGCCAGUACGAUGCAGGAGACACAGCACCAGGAACAAGAGCAUCAGCAGUCACAGCAGCUGCAAAUGACGAGCAGCACUCUGACGAUGGUGUCGGAGAAAACAGUGGCCAGCGCCAGCAUUGCCAUCAGCAACAGUAGCAGUUCUACCAUCGACACCAACGUCACUAAGCUCGUCCAAUCCAGCACGAAGUCGUCGAGUCUGUUCAACGGCAGUGAAGCGACGGUCGAUGAAACCGACGUCCAGACACCGCUCCUCCAGGACAAGAAUAGCACCAACUCCACUUCUAAUCGCCACUUUGGUGAAGGAGAAAAGGAUGCCCUGCUCGAAAAUGGUUCGUAA